CAUCACAAGCUUCCCGCGAUGCCAGCCCCAACGUGCUCCUCCUGCCACGCGGCCCGCGCUGCCCUCCGCCGCCCGCGCUCGGGGCAGGCGCUGUGCGGCUCCUGCUUCUGUGCGGCCUUUGAGGCCGAGGUGCUGCACACGGUGCUCGCAGGGCGCCUGCUGCCCCCGGGUGCCGUGGUGGCCGUGGGCGCCUCGGGCGGCAAGGACUCCACGGUACUGGCACACGUGCUGCGCGAGCUCACGCCGCGCCUGGGCAUCACGCUGCACCUGGUGGCGGUGGACGAAGGCAUCGGCGGCUACCGUGACGCAGCGCUGGAGGCCGUGAGCAGCCAGGCAGCGCGCUGGGAGCUGCCGCUCACCAUCGUGGCCUAUGCAGACCUGUUUGGGGGCUGGACGAUGGACGCCGUGGCCCGCAGCACGGCCGGCUCCGGCUGCAGCCGUUCCUGCUGCACCUUCUGCGGGGUGCUGCGGAGGAGGGCGCUGGAGGAGGGCGCUCGCCUAGUGGGAGCUACACAUAUCGUGACAGGCCACAAUGCUGACGAUAUGGCGGAGACAGUGCUCAUGAACUUCCUGCGUGGUGAUACGGGGCGGCUGGCACGGGGCGGAGUGCUGGGCUCUGGGGGCGAGGGGUGCGCACUCCCGCGGUGCCGGCCGCUGCAGUUCGCUUCGCAGAAGGAGGUGGUGCUGUAUGCACACUUCCGCCGCCUGCGCUACUUCUCCGAGGAGUGCGUGUACGCGCCCGAGGCCUUCCGUGGCCACGCUCGCGACCUGCUCAAGCAGCUGGAGGCGGCGCGGCCAUCCACAGUGCUGGACCUCGUGCACUCGGCCGAGCGCCUCGCUCUUGCCCCGGCGGCUCGGCCGCCUCCUCCAGGCACCUGCUCCCGCUGCGGGGCGCUGGCCAGUCACACACUCUGCCAGGCCUGUGCGCUCCUGGAUGGCCUCAACCGAGGCCUGCCACGCCUGGCCAUUGGCAAGGGCCGCCGCGUGCUGCAAGCCCAGCCACCAGUGCCCGGGAACCGGAGCCAGGCCACCAGUGACCCUGUGGCCCCACGGGGACCCUGCACCUGUGAGCAAUCCAGAGAUGGAGCCACCCUGUGCCGGGAUGGAGGGGGCCAGGCAGGAGCCACCUGUGUCCUGCAGAGUGACCUGAACCCCACUGAGUGACCUAAGCCCUGUACUCUACAUUGCCCUGUGCCCUAGGAAGUGACUGUACCCUGUAGUGCCCUGUGCCUGGGAAGCAAUCUGUGCACUGUGAAGUGACUGCCCUGCAGUGUCCUGCCCUUCUAGAGCUACCUGUGUCUUAGGGGACCUGAGCCCUGUGAAGUGACUGUGUCUCAUGGGAGGACCGUGCCAUGUGCAGCAACCUGAACCUUGGAGAAGUUGAGGGAGAAGAAGCCAACAACUGCAUUUCUGCGCACUUCUGUAGGCUCAGGAAAGCCCUGGCUCUCACUGUGUUUGCCCAGGUCAGGUAAACAAAGCGAAACGAGUAGUAGAAACAUAUUCACAGUCGUCACUAUGCCCCUUUUAUCGGGGUAAGACACAGCUCUUGCUCCUAAGGGAAUCAGAGAAAGCCUAUUCUGAACCAGAUGAGGGUUUCCAUGGCCGGGUGCAUGGAUUCAGGUUGCCCCCGGAACGCUGCUGUGGAAGCAGUUACACAAACGUUUACAGCCCUAGAUCAACAGACGGUCGUUAAUCAAGCCACCUGGCCAA